GCGGCCCUGAAAGAACGUUACACAAGAUGAGGUUAACGUGGUGGUUCCUGCUGGCGGGACUCCUGGCGGGGGUGACGGCUCAGCAGCACCAGAACCAGGCUCCUCAAGGGCGUAGCUUGCGCAAGUCCACAGUGAUACACCUGAUCUCCCAGCCCAGCCAGGAGGUGAAGAGCCGCAGGGUACAUCAGGACCGUCUGGAUGCCAUUGCUGGGCUGGCGUCUGCGGGUCAGCCCGGAGCCAGGGCGGACGACGCCGCCUCCCAUGCGGUCAACGCCUCCCUCCACCUGGGCGUCAUUGAUGCUGUGGGCGGCGUGGUGGCCGCUCUCACUCCCGAGAAACAGGAGCCCCUCCAGGGAGGAGCGAAGAGCGACGAUGAGAGUGGGGAACCCGCCACCACCAUGUCCACUGGGGAGCCUCCACUGGCCGAGGGACAAGACAACGGUUCCACUGUCGUAACCACUGAGGAGGAGCAGCAGCAGCAGCCCGUCGAGAAGAGGCCGAUGACCAAGAAGGAACUCAAGUCCGUGCAGAAGUACAACGGGGCCGCCGACCAGGUCCUCAAGGUGCUGUCGGAGGCCAUGAAGAAGGUGGAGCCGCUGCCCAUCACAGUAGAUGAAGAGACGCUGAGAAUUCUGGAAGAAGCCGAGCCAGAGACCGGGCCGGAGAGCGACAUUGAACCCGAAGAGGAAGCACACAAAUCCAGAAGAAAGAAGAAGAACAAGAACAAGAGGAGGAAAGCCAACAAGAACGGCGGGAAAUCCGACUUGGAACAAUCCGAGACGACAACAAAUAACAAGAACAAAAACAAAGACGGUGAUGAGGUAGAGGAUAAUAAUAAGCGACGAAGGAAGAACAAGAACAGGAAGAACAAGAAUAAGAACAAGAACAAGAACAAGGACAAGGACACUGAGGGCCAAGAUGCAGUACAAGAAGCCGAGGAGACGGAGCCGGAGGUCGCUGAGGCGGACUCGAUUCCCAAGCUACACAACAAAGGAAAAGGCAAGAACAAGCGGAACAAGAACAAGAGGAAGAAGAACAAGAAGAACAAGAACAAAGGGGCGUCGACCCGAGAUGCGAAGGCUAUGAAGGAUGACGAAGAGGUCGAAGAGGAUUAUCAAGAGGAGGAAGACAGCUUGGUGGAAGGUCGCCGCACAGGAGACAAGGGCAACAAGAAGCACGCCAAGGGCAAGAAGGGGAACAAGAAGAAUAAGAAGAACAGGAAGCACAAGAAGAACAAGGGCAAGAAGAACAAGAAUAAGAACAAGAAUAAGAACAAGAACAAGAGCCGCUCAGAAACUCUGGAUUUCGAGGAGAGAGAAGACUCCGGUCCCGUCCUGCCCACGCAAGAGGAGACGGAAUCCGCUAACGCCAAAGUCACAGGCCUCAGUCGCCUGACCCGAAGUGGAGACGUCAGAGUCGAUCUGUCCGGUAACCACGCUCAGUUCGAAGCGACGUUCCGAGUGGGUCCUCUGAGCUUCCAGUUGACGGAUAAGGCCCGCGCGCUGGCUAAGACCCAGGUCUCCACCAGCCUCGACGCCCGCGCCCUCUUCAAGGUCAAGACGGUUCGUGGACGAGACAAGAUCAAGCUCUUGAAGUUGGAAGUGGUGGACCUGUCUCCUGAGCAGGUGACCGUGUCCCGCUCUGACCUGACCUUUGACCCCGAGGUGGUCUCCGCCGCCCAGCAACUGGUUGUUGGAGCGGUCGACGCGCCUCGCGUUGGUCGCAUCCUGGCCCAGGAGCUGGAGCAGAUCUUCAGGGAGGAGGACAUUGUCCAGAACCUCGGGGAUCACCCGCUCCUCAAGAACUAACUCUCAGCUCCGUCGUUUUAAGAAGACCCUUCCAAGUCUUGCCGUGUAUGAUGUUUUCAUUGUCAACACAUUCUAACACUCAGGUUGUGCGUGUCCAUGCGUGCGUGUCCCGCUGUACAGGUGGAGCCAGGGGACGUGUCUAUGCGUGUCCCACCGUAUAGUGGAGCGUGAGCACGUGUCCGUGUGUCUAUCCCUCUGGACCAUCUCGUUUCAGAGGGAAAUAAUUAUUGGUAUGAAAGUGCAUUACCAGUGUUUCUGUACUACACAUAACUGUUUGUAUUAACCUGCUGCCAUAGCCAAAGACGCAGUGCGUUCUUCUUUAUCCGCGCUGCUUGAGAGCGCCGGCCAGCGACUCUACGCCGGCCAGCGACUCUACGCCGGCCAGCGACUCUACGGCGGCCAGCGACUUACGCCGGCCAGAGACGCCACGCUCACUGGUAGACAGGAACGGAAGCUUGAGGCCAUAGACAGAGUCGCGGUCAUCCUCUCCGUGUUUUAUAAUCCUCUAGACCCUCUUCAGUAUUGUAUAAGGUCAAUGAAGUUAGACAAUCACGACGGCGUCCACGCUAAAAAGCUUUCUGUGCCAAAGCUGUUGCUGCGGAAACUGAGUGUGUCGAAGCUGGUGAUUGGUGAAGAAGUUGGUCAUACUGAAGAGGAUGCUGAGGAGACGGGCGAAGCCUGGCCCCAGGCCGGGCUCGGGGGAUAGUAGAACAACUGAAAUCCUCUUCAGGUAUACUCCAGGUGUACCCGGCGUCUCACUCCCUGGCAACUUCCCCCCACCACCAGAUAUAAAUCUAAUUUCGUUAUUCUCCGCACCCAUACACCCGGCUGAGGGCCGUGUACAGCUCCGUCCAGAUGGCGGCGGCGGCGGCGGCGGCCACCUGGCCCUGCGAAGUAGAGACAUAGCCUCUCAUCCUCAUUAAAAUAACCCACUCACCUAAUCAUCCCUAAUUGCCACAUAAUUACCCCCGUGUAAAUAGUGUGACAGGUCACCACCCUCCCACAUAUCACAAGUCUCUUUGUUAUUUAUUGCUAAUUUAUAUUAUGUGUAUAAUGGCUCUGGCAUUCACGAGGCAAUUAAACAUUGAUU